UAGAGAUCGCGAGCCGUUUGCGCGAGCAAGGAGGCUGGAUGAUUACCCGCGAAGCCCUCGCUAUGAGGCCGAUCCGGGCAGAGGCGACUCCCGCGGCCGAUGGGAGACAGAUCAGGGCCAACGAGAUGGAUACAGGGACGACAGAUACGAGAGAUCGGACCGAGACGGAUAUAGGGACGACAGAUACGAGAGAUCGGACCGAGACGGAUAUAGAGACGACAGAUACAAGAGAUCGGACCGAGACGGAUAUAGGGACGACAGAUACGAGAGGUCGGGUCGAGAUGGCUACAGAGGCGGUAGGUAUGAAAGAGGAGAUCGAGACAGGGAAUGACGAGAUGGGUCGCGCGGACGGCUUGAGCGCGGGGGAGAUGCGAGAGAGCAGCGCGGGGGUGGUACAACCGAGGGGACCGACGCGAGGGGGAUAUGGCGUCUCAUCAGAACCAUAUCCCAAGUCGCCUGACCCCAAGGCAGCCGGGAGUUCGAUCUCUAGCAGCGCAGACGACAGGCCAUCUACUCCCAGGAACUCAUGCGUCUACUGUAGAGGAGAAGAUCAUAUCAAGAGGGAUUGCCCGGACCUCAAACGGGCAAUAGAUGAGGGACUUGUCGUGCUUGACGACCGCAAGUACAUCAAGUGGGCAGAUGGUCUGGGAGGUGUAUCGAUGUUCCCUUCGAUGAAGGAGAAUGUUGAAGCAAGGAGAGUAAAGCCGAGUAAAGGAAAGGAGUCGGUCAGGAGCCAAAGCAUCAAGAUAACCUUUGAGGGGGAUAUGGCGACCACACCCAUAAGGGUGGCAGCCACCAAGUCUGCGAGAGGGUCUACAUCGAAGAAGACUGACACGGAUUACGUGAUGGCAGAGAAGGACGGGCAGCGGGUCGAUGGAGAGGAGGUUAUCCUUUCGCCGCGAAAGAGGGGAGUGAAGAAGUUCUUAAUGAAGAGUUCGCUGGACGAGAUUGACACGGUCGAGCCACUGAGGCGGGCCCUUCGGCAACCCAUGCAGUGCUCUAUUCUGGAGUACCUGGCGGCAUCGAAGCCGGCUCGUGAUGAGUUACAUAUGAUCACGCGGAAGGCUCGCAUACCUCUAUCGGAGGAGGGUCAGGGGGCCCCUAAGGCGGAAGCUUCUACAGUAGCAGUAACGGGGGGUGACUGCCAGAGCAGAUCGCAUGGCGACAGUCCUUCUCGAUGAAAUGGAAGGUGUGCCUCCAGACAAGUUUUAUAUACUUGGUAGCGGGGCCGUGGAGACGA